AGCCGUUGCGGUUUAGAGAGCAGCGGGGCGGGCUCGCGGGCUCGGCUGGAGCCAUGGAGCGCGUGGAGAGGCGGCGCUCGCCCCUGGCGCCGCUGUUCGCGGCCUCGGGCUGUGUGGUGCUUGUUGCCGCUGCGUGGAGGGGCCUGGAAUACUGGGAGGCCUUCGCGCCUCCUCCCGGGGCCCAGAGAAAGAGGGCCGCGGCGCCCUAUGGGCGCAUCGGUGGGCGGCCCAUCAUCCCCAACCCCGAGGCAGAGAAGUUCCCAGCGGGAGUUCCUAGAGAUGAGGAUGGAUUUCCAGUCAUUACCCUGCGGGAACAGUAUGAGACCAAUGUGACGAUGUAUGUGGAAGGGCUAGGGCCCUUUCCAGGACCGCCGCCGGACUUUAGCAAGGACUGGGACUACAUCCCCCCAGAUCCCGAGGACGAGGACUUCGACCCCGACGCGGCGCUGCCGCAGGUGCCCCCAGACGCCCCGGAGGAGCUGAUGAAGCUCCAGGACAUCGAGUGGCCGGAGGUCACUACCCGCAGGGUGGCUGCUGGCCCCGAGUAACAGUUCCAAGCGCCGG